UAUCAGUAGAGAUUCUUAUGUUUCGAGGCCACGUCCAGCCCGCUCGGCGAUCAGAAAAUUACCCUAUAAACCGCAUGAUGGUAAUGCUGUGGUUCAGCCUACUCUUUGUCAUCGUGAGCUGCUGUGUACCAGGAACACAUGCAGAUGAAGCAAGGGCUGAGGAUCACACAAACAACAUAACUGUACGGGAAGGUCUCAAUGCAACCUUCACCUGGAAUCUGAAGAUGUAUGGGCAUAGGUUUUAUAUUCGAUCCCCCAUGGACAAGAGCGUACUGACGGUGGAGUCCUCCCAAGUCAGUAUAUGGUAUCGAUACAGGUCACGGGUGAAGAUCGUCAAUAUCACCAACUCAUCCCUUGGUCUGAGACUACAGUUCACUAUGUACAAUGUUACAGCGAGUGAUGCAGGGAGGUAUACCUGUAGCACGGUGUGGUGGAGUGGUGGAACUACCUUCCCUGACUGUGGAUACACCAUGUUUGUUGAAGGGACCAGGAAUCAAACAAACACGACCUUCGCCACAGUGGGCCAGGACACAGCCUUGGUGUACACCACCCCUUUCCGAACUGUACCAGAGGAACAUCCACAGAUCAUGCCCCGGACAGGAAACAACACGCACCUGCAUAAUGGAAAAGGAACAGAGGCCACGUUACCACACAGCAGCAGAGCAUGGAUCACAUCAAGUGGAUGUCCAGUCGUCAAGGAUCUCCUUAUACUCACCCUGUUUGUCAUUGCAGUCAUCCAAUAAACAUCCAGUGUGAAAAAUGAACUUCA